AUGAACGUCCUAUCACUAGACUAUGAUGCUUGCGCGUUUUCUACUGACGGCCGGUAUGUGGCAUCCGCUGUUUACAACCGUCUGAUCGUCAAGACACAACCGUUCACCGGUCCGCACGUCGUGGCCACAGCCGAUCAUGCCAUUGACGGUCUGCAGUGGAACUUAGCGUCUAAUCUCAUACUGUGCACAGAGUUCAGCAAAGGUGUGGUACAGGUGUACGACGUGUGUGCCAGAAAAUGGAUACGUACCCUUAGAUGUGGCUAUUUCAAGUUUGUUGCUGCCGAAUGGAUAGGCCGCAACAACAUUUUGCUGACUCUUGAAUUCCAUAUGGCUUUGGCUGUGUUUAAUCUGUUGAAAAAUUCCACUGUAUAUAUUGAAAUCCCCAAACCCAUUUGGCCUUGUGCAGUGUUUGAUAGCGAUGGAACACAUAUGUUUGUUGUCUCCAAGAUAAAUGGUUAUGAGAAAUUGCUAAUGAUGAGUUCUCGAAGUUUAGAUAGGAUUAUUUACGUUCAAGAUAUAAUAGGACCCUGUAAUGGUCUAAAUAAAUCUCCAGAUAAUCGUUAUAUCUGUGUUUAUAAUAAUUUAAAAUUAGCAAUUCUCGAUUUUCUUUCUGGUAAUGUUAUUGGGUCAGUUGAAUAUAUUUCAUUAAACACUGUGAGCUGGGCACCUAAUAGUAAAUAUUUAGCUUUGGGGUGUUCCUUGGGUGACAUUGUUGUAUUAGCGUCUUCUAAUGAGUUUAAUGUAGAAUUUAAAUUAUCUCGUUCUUCAUUAAAUGAAGAUUAUGAUUUUUUUGUAGAAUCCAAUGGAGUAUUAAUCAAAACAAACCCUUCAGAAACCUUUAUCAAUAAUGUUUCAGCAAAAAUAUCUUUUAUUGUUUGGAGCUUUAAUUGUAAUUAUUUGAGUACUUAUGAAGUAGAUUCAACAUUUUUUUGUAUUUGGGAGAAAUAUAGAUUGAUAUGCGUAGUAGAAUUAUCUAAGAAAAUUAAAAAAAUGCAGUGGUGUCCAUCAGAAAAUAAAUUGUGUGUUGCUUAUGGUACAAAUUUAAUUUUUUUUUGGACAGAAGGACAAAUUCCUAAAUUACAGACUUCACCAAAGCUUGUUGAUGGUACAUGUUUAUUAGUUUCUAACAUAUCUUGGUCAUUUAAUAAUAGAGAUAUGAUUUUAAGUGAUGGAAAAAAAUUUUUAUUGUUUACAACUUAA